AUGAGUCCGACUCUAAGCCCCUUAAACCCCGGGAACGAGAAUGAAAGCGACAAGGCUAGCGACAGCGGUCUCAGCAAUGACGUUGCGACCCCCGCCGCCGCCGGUCUCGACAUAUCGCGCCUACGUUUCGAAUGCCGCUGGCCCAACUGCGGCAAGGUCUUCCGCAGACCGAGUGAUUUGACGUAA